UCCUCUUACACUUGAACCUCCGAGUGACGCAGGGCUCACUGCAGAGGGAGGAGGCAGCCAGCCGUUUCCCCAGGGUCACGCCUCCCUCCAGCGCUACCCCCCCCCUCCACAAUUGCUGUCUGCCGCCUCAGUGCACAAUGAGUAAACAUGUUGUUCUGCCUUCCUUGGGGAGGGAGGCUUGUCAGCUGCCCAAAGCGUGGGGACAGCAGGAGCCAGGGCAGGAGGCCUGGCCGGGGUCGCGUGAUUGGCCUGCUGUAUGCGUGCCUGGAUGCCUGCUCACCGCACACAGGCCUCCAGCUGCAGGGGGGCAAGGUGGCAAGUCAGGGAAUGCGCCUGCCACACCCAGAGGGGAGCCCCGGGGUUCUGAGUGGCAGCGGCCACCAGGGCGUCACACACAAGGGCCACGUGAGGGACCUGAGUGGGGAGGAGCUGACCCAGCAAAGGUGACGCAAGGGGUCGGAUUCCAAGCCCUGUGGGACGCAGGCCCCACCAGCGGGCAAGGGCAUCAGAGCCUGAAAGGGAGGAAGGCGGAAGCCAGUGCAGCUCUCAUCGCAGCCACUCGGCCAGUCCCAGGCAUGGGCCCGCCGGGUACUCAUGCCUCAGUCUGCCUGCCCCUCCACCCGCAGCCUAGGAAAGCCGAGCCACACAGCUUCCGGGAGAAGGUGUUCCGGAAGAAACCUCCAGUGUGUGCCGUGUGUAAGGUGACCAUUGAUGGGACGGGCGUCUCGUGCAGAGUCUGCAAAGUGGCAACACACAGGAAAUGUGAACCAAAGGUGACUUCGUCCUGCCAGGCCUUGCCUCCCGCGGAGCUGCGGCGAAACACGGCCCCCGUCCGGCGCAUUGAACACCUGGGAUCCACCAAAUCUCUGAACCACUCGAAGCAGCGCAACACUCUGCCCAGGAGCUUCAGCCUGGACCCUCUCAUGGAGCGGCGCUGGGACCUGGACCUCACCUACGUGACGGAGCGCAUACUGGCCGCCGCCUUUCCUGCGCGGCCGGACGAGCAGCGACACCGGGGCCACCUGCGCGAGCUGGCCCACGUGCUGCAAUCCAAGCACCGCGACAAGUACCUGCUCUUCAACCUCUCGGAGAAAAGGCAUGAUCUGACCCGCCUGAACCCCAAGGUCCAGGACUUCGGCUGGCCCGAGCUGCACGCCCCACCCCUGGACAAGCUCUGUUCCAUCUGCAAAGCCAUGGAGACCUGGCUCAGCGCUGACGCACAGCACGUGGUCGUGCUGUACUGCAAGGGGAGCAAGGGCAAGCUCGGGGUCAUCGUGUCUGCCUACAUGCACUACAGCAAGAUCUCGGCAGGGGCAGACCAGGCACUGGCUACUCUCACCAUGCGGAAAUUCUGUGAGGACAAGGUGACCACAGAGCUGCAGCCCUCCCAGCGCCGGUAUAUCAGCUACUUCAGCGGGCUGCUGUCCGGCUCCAUCCGGAUGAACAGCAGCCCCCUCUUCCUGCACCACGUGCUGGUGCCCAUGCUGCCAGCCUUCGAACCCGGCACAGGCUUCCAGCCCUUCCUCAAGAUCUACCAGUCCAUGCAGCUGGUCUACACAUCGGGGGUCUACCACAUUGCAGGCCCUGGGCCUCCGCAGAUCUGCAUCAGCCUGGAGCCAGCCCUCCUUCUCAAAGGCGACGUCAUGGUCACUUGCUAUCACAGGAGCGGCCGGGGCACCGACCGCAGCCUGGUCUUCCGAGUCCAGUUCCACACCUGCACCAUCCACGGCCCGCGGCUCAGCUUCCCCAAGGACCAGCUGGACGAGGCCUGGGAGGAUGAGAGGUUCCCCUUCCAAGCCUCCGUGGAGUUUGUCUUCUCCUCCAGCCCCGAGAAGAUCAAAGGCAGCACCCCACGGAACGACCCCUCGGUCUCUGUGGACUACAACACGGCUGAGCCCGCCGUGCGCUGGGACUCCUACGAGAACUUCAACCAGCACCAUGAGGACAGUGUAGAUGGCUCCCUGGCCCACACUAGGGGCCCCCUGGACGGCAGUCCUUACGCCCAGGUGCAGCGGGCCCCCCGCCAGACGCCGCCUGCACCCUCCCCAGAGCCACCCGCACCCCCCCUGCUCUCGGUCAGCAGUGACUCAGGCCAUUCCUCAACGCUGACCACCGAGCCCGCGGCCGAGUCCCCUGGCCGGCCACCCCCCACGGCUGCCGAGCGGCAGGAGCUGGAUCGCCUCCUGGGAGGCUGUGGCAUGGCCAGCGCGGGCCGGGGCGCGGGGCGGGAGACGGCCAUCCUGGACGACGAAGAGCAGCCCCCCGGGGGCGGCGGCCCCCACCUGGGGAUGUACCCGGGCCCCAGGCCUGGCCUCAGCCGCCAUUGCUCCUGCCGCCAGGGCUACCGGGAGCCCUGCGGGGUCCCCAACGGGGGCUUCUACCGGCCAGAGAGCACCCUGGAGAGGCGGCGGCUGCCCUACGGGGGCUGCGAGGGGCCGGCCCAGGGCUACGCAGAAGCCGCAGUGGAAAAGCGGCGCCUGUGCCGCUCGCUGUCCGAGGGUCCGUACCCCUACGCCACCGCCGAGCUGGGGAAAGCCGCGCCCAGUGAAUUCGGCUACCGUGCUCCAGGCUACCGGGAAGUGGUCAUCCUGGAGGACCCCGGGCUGCCCACCCUCUGCACCUGCCCGGCCUGUGAGGAGAAGGUGGCGCUGCCCACGGCGGCCCUGUACGGACUGCGGCUGGAGAGGGAAGCUGGCGAGGGGUGGGCGAGCGAGGCAGGGAAGCCCCUCCUGCACCCACUGCGGCCCGGGCACCCGCUGCCCCUGCUAGUGCCCGCGUGCGGCCACCACCACCACGCCCUGAUGCCCGACUACAGCUGCCUGAAGCCACCCAAGGCAAGCGAGGAAGGACAUGAGGGCUGCUCCUACGCUGUGUGCCCUGAGGGUCGCUACGGCCAUCCCGGGUACCCCGCCCUGGUGACUUACGGCUACGGAGGCGCAGUUCCCAGCUACUGCCCAGCCUACGGCCGGGUGCCUCACAGCUGUGAGCCUCCAGGGGAGGCCAGAGGGUAUUCCAGCCCGGGUACCCACUCCCCAAGGGCUGGCUCCAUUUCACCGGGCAGCCCACCCUACCCACAGUCCAGGAAGCUGAGCUAUGAGAUCCCCGUAGAGGAGGGAGGGGACAAGUACCCACUGCCUGGACACUUGGCUUCAACAGGACCCUUGGCAUCUGCAGAGUCGCCUGAGCCCACGUCCUGGAGGGAGGGCCCCAGCGGGCACAGCACACUGCCGCCGUCCCCCCAGGAUCCCCAGUGCAGCGCGUCUUCAGAGCUGUCUGGUCCCUCCACGCCCCUGCACACCAGCAGCCCGGUGCAGGGCAAGGAGAGCACCCGGCGACAGGACGCCAGGUCCCCCACCUCGGCACCUGCGCAGAGACUGAGUCCUGGCGAGCCCCCCGUUUCCCAGGGAGGUGCUGACAAGGCUGCAGAGAUGCCAGCGAGAAGUGGGCCUGAGCCUCUGGCCCCGAGCCCCUUCACUGCGGCCUCCCCGCCCAGCUCACCCAGCGACUGGCCUCAGGAGAGGAGCCCAGGGAGCCGUGCGGCCGGUGCCAGUCCUCGGGGCCCUGUGCCCACUACGCUGCCCGGCCUCCGCCAUGCCACCUGGCAGGGCCCUCGAGGCCCCCCAGACAGCCCAGAUGGGUCCCCCCUCACCCCUGUGCCUACCCAGAUGCCCUGGCUUGUGGCCAGCCCAGAGCCACCCCAGAGCUCCCCCACGCCUGCCUUCCCCUUGGCUGCAUCCUAUGACACCAGCGGCCCAACCCAGCCCCCGCUUCCCGAGAAGCGCCACGUGCCAGGGCCUGGGCAGCAGCCAGGACCCUGGGGCCUAGAGCAAGCGUCACCGCCAGGCAGGGGCACCAGUCACCAUGUCACUUUCGCACCCCUGCUCCCGGACAGUGCCCCUCAACCCCCAGAGCCACCGAUGCAGGAGAGCCAAAGCAAUGUCAAGUUCGUCCAGGACACAUCCAAGUUCUGGUACAAGCCACACCUGUCCCGUGACCAAGCCAUCGCCCUGCUAAAGGACAAGGACCCUGGGGCCUUCCUGAUCAGGGACAGCCAUUCAUUCCAAGGAGCUUACGGGCUGGCCCUCAAGGUGGCCACCCCCCCACCCAGCGCUCAGCCCUGGAAAGGGGACCCCUUGGAACAGCUGGUCCGCCAUUUCCUCAUCGAGACUGGGCCCAAAGGGGUGAAGAUCAAGGGCUGUCCCACUGAGCCCUACUUCGGCAGCCUCUCCGCCCUGGUCUCCCAGCACUCCAUCUCCCCCAUCUCCCUGCCCUGCUGCCUGCGCAUCCCCAGCAAAGAUCCUCUAGAAGAGACCCCAGAGGUCCCAGUGCCCACCAACAUGAGCACGGCGGCAGACCUCCUGCGUCAGGGCGCAGCCUGCAGCGUGCUCUACCUGACCUCGGUGGGCACCGAGUCACUGACGGGCCCCCAAGCUGUGGCUCGGGCCAGCUCGGCAGCUCUGAGCUGCAGCCCGCGCCCGACGCCGGCCGUGGUCCACUUCAAGGUUUCAGCCCAGGGCAUCACACUGACGGACAACCAGAGGAAGCUCUUCUUUCGCCGCCAUUACCCGGUGAAUAGCAUCACGUUCUCCAGCACCGACCCUCAGGACCGGAGAUGGACCAACCCCGACGGGACCACCUCCAAGAUCUUUGGUUUCGUGGCCAAGAAGCCGGGAAGCCCCUGGGAGAAUGUGUGUCACGUCUUCGCAGAGCUGGACCCAGACCAGCCCGCGGGUGCCAUUGUCACCUUCAUCACCAAAGUUCUACUGGGCCAGAGGAAGUGAAGAAGGCCACGCGCGCCCCGCCCACGUCCACACUGCGCCCUCCCAGCAUCCCGCAGCCCUCACUUCCCCCGGCCUGGACCAGGGGGCCCAGGAACCAGCACCCUCCCCUGGGAACCGGGAGUGGGCCUUCACCUGGGACCCUGCUCUCCCCCUCCCCCAAGCCUGCUAAGCUAAGUGGAUGGGCCCACGAGAUGACCUUGCACGUGAGCAGAUGGCAGAGACGGGCGUGUGACGGGGAGAGGACAGCCCCGGCUGCGGGAGGACACCAGCCCCGGAGGGGACUCGGGCCCUGCCAGCUCCACCCAGCUGCAGGGCCCAGUGUGGAGGGAGAGGGUGGAGUUUGGGGGCAAGUCAUUCCCCGCUCUGCCCCCUCUGAGCAGACACCACAGCGGGAUCACAGGAACGGGGAAAAAGAGAGUCUAUUUUUGUCUAAGAAUACAGAAUUUCUAUAUACUUUGGUUGGA